AUGCAGAGAGAGGGAAGAGCUAGACAAGUGGAAGCGGCCUUUGCGGUGCCUCACAGGCCGUUCGGAAUGGGAUCAAGUGAGGAAGUAGCAGCGAGCUUUGCGGAACCUCGGAGGCCGUUUGGAGAGGGAUCAAGUAGGGCUGUGACAGAAUCAAUAGACGAUGCAGGUGCAGGAUCAGAGGCCAUAAAGCUAGUGUCAGCCGCACUGGUAGGAGGGGAAGGAGGAGGGGGAGGAGGAGGAGGAGGAGGAGGAGGGGAGGAGGAGGAGGAGGAGGAGGAGGAGGAGGAGGAGGAGGAGGAGGAGGAGGAGGAGGACGGGGAAGAGAAGGAUUCUGCCUCUGCCUCCUCCGCCUCUCUCUCUGCCCUCCCAUCCACCUUUGCUGAUAUUUCCAUCCCUGAAGCUGCACUCACCAGCAGUCGUCUCCAUGCCAUCCCCCCCACUCACACCUCAGAAGACAAUCCUGUGUUUAGUAACGCAACCAUGGAUCGCCUCUCAAUACUGCCAGGGAAUCUGCCAAGUGCCGCGGUGAUUGGAAAGGGGUUGCUUGGACAUGAAGCACUUGGAGCAGAUCUGGGCAGGUUUGAGGAGAUGGUGUUUGAGGAGAUGGGGUUUGAUGAAAUGGGGUUUGAGGAGAUGGGGUUUGAAGGCUUGACAGAAGGUGAGAGGGAGUGGACCUCUGAUCUUGCGGAGCAGUUUGCUCAGCAGCUGGGGCGGAUAGAAGAAACCGAUGGGGCUGGAGGGAUUGGGGUUGGUGUUACAGCAGGGAGGGAGGGAGUGGAAGAACGGGAGAUGACUUCAGAGGAAGAAAGCAGUGGAAGCAGAGAGACUGCUGGUGGGGAAGGAGUGAUGGAGGAGGAAGGAGGCGCAGGGGAGACGAGGACGGGAACGGAUGAGCGUUUGGCGAUGGAAAUGGGGCCUUCUGAUCGAUACUUCCAGCUGCCUAGCUCUGAGGAUUCGCCUCACGAAAGCAGACAGCAAGGAGGCGGGACAAUCUCUGUGGGUGAAAAAGGCCGUGGCGGUCAACAGGGUCAACAGGGCGGAGGGGCAGGUGUGGUGGUGGGUGUGGCAGCAGGGGCAGGGGGUUCAUCCUCUCAUGCAGGCACGGAGCAGAGUCUUUCUCCAGUACGAACCACAGCACAGGCAGCAGGGCAGCACGCAUUGCCAGCAGGGCAGCACGCAGUAACAGGGGCACAAGUGUUGGAAGGGCAGCAAGCGUUGGCUAGGCCGCAAACAGCAGGGCUGCCAGUCCCAAGCGAACUACAAACGGUUUCAUGGGGUUUCAGUGUGGAUGUGUCUGGGGGAUUCAUGACCCCUGGUGAGGAUGGUUCUCUGAAAGAAGCGAAGGAGGAGGUGGAGGUUCCCAGCAUGGCAGGUUCGGCUUCAAGUGUGCUUCCUAGCUGGCAUGCUGAUAUGAUGCAGUAUGCUGCUGGCAUGAUGUCCGCGUUUGCGCCGUAUCAGAGGGAUGAUCAUGGCAUGCGUACUUCAGCCCCUGAUACCCUGCCAUGUGUGGGCAACAUAGGUGGUGUGGGUGGUGGGAGCGGUGCUAGUGGUGCUGGCAUUGCUGGUGGUGUGGUUGGUGUCGGUCCAUUGGAUGGUGUCCCUGCUGCUGAUGCUGGCACCAAUGUGGCUAGUGGGAAUGGCUUGAAUACUACCAGUGCUGCCGGUGUUGCUGGUGGCGCUGCUGGUGUUGCACCUGUUGCUGGUGUGGCUGGUGUCUCUGGUGUUGCUGCUCGUCCUGAUGUGUCGGCGUUGGCACCCUCCCCAGCCACCUCUUUUGAGCCGAAUUCAACUAUCCCUGUGCACAGGGUGAGGCGAUCACAGUCCCAUGAUCAGAGACCAAUGGGAGCUGGACAGCUGGGCGGGCAACUCUUGCGCACGUCAACAUUCCAGCCGAUAGUUCCGGCCAGCAAGUAUGUUCAAGAGCUCCAAAGAACGAUCAAGAAGCCGCCUUGGUUACCGGCCAGGAGGAGGGGCAGAGGAGACGGAAUAGCGGUGGAGGAGGAGGAGGAGGAGGAGGAGGAGGAGGAGGAGGAGGAGGAGGAGGAGGAGGAGGAGGAGGAGGAGGAGGAGGAGGAGGAGGAGGAGGAGGAGUAUUUGACAGUUAGGAGCAACGACUGGCUGAACGAGCACAGUAGAGAUUGUAGUGAGUUGUCAUGGCUGAUGAAGUAG